CUGAACAAACAGUUCCCAACUUAAAUCAUGGCUCAUUCAUCGUCUUGGCUACUUUUCUUGUUCAUUCUUUUGCUUGUAUCAUCAAUACUCACUACUAAUGCUCUUUCAACAGUAGCCAAAGACGAACAAGUUCCAUGCACAAUGUGCGCUGAGUGCGAGAAUCCAUGCCAACCCCUGCCACCUCCACCUCCGCCUGUGGUAGAGUGCCCGCCGCCACCAUCACCACCUCCACCAUUGCCACCACCACCGUCACCGCCACCACCACCUGCUAUAGUUGAAUGUCCGCCUCCACCACCAAAAUCAUUGUGUCCGGAUAAUUGUGAAACGCCGCCUAUUAUGCCGUGGACGCCGCCCCAAGGACCACCGCGGUCUCCAUACCACUAUGACCCGUACCAUGUUCCACCAGGUUAUGGCGACAAUAGCGGUGGAAAGAUGGUGCCCCUUCCGGUCUACUUCACAAUGAUGCAGUCCUUCAUUUUUGUAGCCUUUAUUUGCUUGCCGUAUUAUUACUUGUUUAUUUAGGUGAAUUGUUUCAAUAAUUCUUUGUCCUUUUGUUUUUACUGGAGUUACUUUACCGGACAACGUACAACAACAAAUGUUGUAAGGUGUUCUCUCUAAAUUUCAGGAGUUCUAAGCUCAAAGGUAAACCAUUAAUCUCAAGCUCGUGAUUAGCGUUAGAUGAAAAUAUGUUUUUCUUAUAGUUGUGUCUUCUCAUAGAUUUUCUCUUUUCUCUAUGGUUGUUACGAGUUUUGAUAUCUUUCCGAUAUAAAAAAAAAAACAUGAAUUAUGAUGGAUUUUUGAAUCUCUGGCUCUCAUUGAUUACAAAUGACAUUUAAUGUCCUGAAAUAAUGAUCUUUGAGAACUAGAGAUAACCCCCCUUUUUUUAGUGGGUUAAGCGUGAUAACUCUUGGCCCUAAGCUUGUGCAUUUGGUGGGCUUGAAAAUAUGCUCUUGUCAUUGACCAAAAAAAUAAAAUGCUCUUGUGAUUGACCUUGUCCGAUGACUAAGAGAGACACAGUCCUCUUAAAUGUA